AGUUUGUUGUCAUUGGACACUCACGAUCACUAUGUUCAAGGUUCUGAUUGCAGUCGUGGCUUGCGCCGUAGGCAUGGUCUCAGCCGUAGGCCAUAGUCAUACACAACUUUCUAACCACCUCGGCUACAAGUUUGGCUACGACAUCCACCAUGCCUACCACGCCCCUUGGCACGGGUACGCCCAUCCCCAUGGUUAUGGAGGGUUUGGUGACGACCAUGGCGCUGUAGGGUAUGGAGGAGCUGUCGGUUAUGGUGUCGGCUAUGGGGGUGGAUAUGGGGGUGGAUAUGGAGGUGGAUAUGGAGGCUAUGGAGGUUAUGGAGGAUAUGGUCAUGGCGGAUACUAA